AUGACUUUCACUACGAAGACCUUCACUCUGAACAGCGGCGCCGCUAUUCCAGCCAUCGGCCUGGGAACAUGGCAGUCGAAAGAGAACUCAACACGUGAUGCCGUGAAACAUGCUCUACAGCAUGGAUAUCGACACAUCGAUACUGCACUGAACUAUGGGAACGAGAAAGAAGUUGGAGAAGGGAUCAGGGAGUCCGAUGUGCCACGGGAAGAGAUCUGGGUAACCACCAAGCUGGACAACCAUUGGCAUCACCGCGUCAAAGAAGGGUUGCAGUCGAGUUUAGACGCCCUAGGUCUGGAUUACCUUGAUCUGUAUCUGAUUCAUUUUCCAUGCUCGACCGACCCAGAGAAUCGGAGUAAGCAUUUGUCUGAUUGGGAUUUUGUAAAGACUUGGCAAGGAAUGCAGAAGCUUCUGGAGACAGGAAAGGUAAAAUCUAUCGGCGUGUCAAAUUUUCAAAUCACCCAUCUUGAGAAGCUCCUGAGUCAUCCUUCAUGCAAAGUUGUCCCGGCUGUCAAUCAAAUCGAGCUCCAUCCCUAUAAUCCCUCACCUAAUCCUCCACUACAAUACAGCCCUAAACUCCUCGCCUACUGUAGCUCCAAAAACAUCCAUUGCACCGCCUACUCUUGCCUGGGUGGCCACAACAACUCACCAAUAAACGGCCACACAAACCUCACCAGCGAUCCUGUUAUAUUGAAGCUUGCUAAGUCUAAGCAGAAGACACCGGCUCAGGUUCUAUUGAUGUGGAACAUCCAGCGCGGCGUAAGCGUCAUACCUAAGAGUGUUAGCCCCUCUCGAAUUGAAAAUAACUUCGAUCUCGACGGGUGGAGUUUGACAAAGGAGGAAUUUGCAGAGAUCAGUGCAAUUAAAACGAGGUCAAAGGUUGUGGCAGAUGGAUGGAUGCCCAUUCGUGUUUUUCUAGGAGACGAUGAGUAG